CUGUAGAAUGCAUUCGGCAAAGAUGAUGUUCCGCCUGUUGGCGGCUGUCCUCCUCCUCCUGCUGGUGACCACCUCCAGUGCCAAGUUCCAAGAGUUUGAUGAUGGCGAUGAUGUGACAGAAUAUGAUGACAACGAUUUUGCUGAGUUUGAGGAUGCUCCAGAGGAGUCGGCCACUGUCCACCCUCCCCAGCAGGGGCCGCCGGAAGAAGAAGAGAGAGGAGGAGGAGGAUGAUGAAGAGGCCACGGUAGAAGUGGAAGGGCAGGAAGAAUUUGAAUUGGAUGCAGAGGGACAAGAGUCAGAUGCAGACACUGAACCUUACGAUGAUGAGGAGUUUGAAGGUUAUGAAGAUAAGAUUGAUGCAGGCAGUCCCAGCAAGAACAAGGACCCUAUCACCAUUGUGGAUGUCCCUGCUCACCUACAGAACAGCUGGGAGAGCUAUUAUAUGGAAAUCCUUAUGGUCACUGGCCUCUUGGCCUAUAUCAUGAACUACAUUAUCGGCAAAAACAAGAACAGCCGCCUUGCACAUGCUUGGUUUAACUCCCACAGAGAGCUCUUGGAGAGCAACUUCUCUCUCGUAGGAGAUGAUGGGACAAGCAAAGAAGCAGUGAGCACAGGGAAACUGAACCAGGAGAAUGAGCACAUUUACAACCUCUGGUGUUCAGGACGCCUGUGCUGUGAGGGCAUGCUGAUUCAGCUUAAGUUUUUGAAACGCCAGGAUCUGUUGAAUGUGUUGGCUCGUAUGAUGCGUCCAGCUUGUGAUCAAGUGCAAGUAAAAGUGACAAUGAAUGAUGAGGAUAUGGAUACAUAUGUGUUUGCCGUCGGCACUCGGAAGACCCUGGCGCGGCUGCAGAAAGAGAUGCAGGACUUGAGUGAGUUCUGCAGUGAUAAACCCAAGUCUGCAGCCAAGCUGGGGCUCCCGGAUUCUCUGGCUAUUUUGUCCGAGAUGGGGGAGGUGACAGACGGUGUCCUGGACACCAAGAUGGUUCACUUUCUAACACACUACGCUGAUAAGAUUGAAUCCAUCCAAUUCUCGGACCAAUUUUCUGGUCCAAAGCUUAUGCAAGAGGAGGGGCAGCCACUCAAACUGCCAGAGACUAAGAAGACUCUGUUGUUUACAUUUAAUGUGCCUGGAGGAGGAAACGCAUCUGUUAAAGAUAUGGAGUCCCUUCUGCCACUAAUGAACAUGGUCAUGUACAGCGUUGACAAAGUAAAAAAGUUCCGUUUGAACAGAGAGGGCAAACAGAAAGCUGAUAAGAACCGUGCCCGCGUGGAAGAGAACUUCUUGAAGCUAACACACGUGCAGCGCCAGGAAGCAGCCCAGAGCCGACGGGAGGAGAAGAAACGUGCAGAAAAGGAGCGCAUCAUGAAUGAGGAAGAUCCUGAUAAACAGCGUCGGCUGGAAGAAGCCGCCCAGCGCCGUGAGCAGAAGAAGUUAGAAAAGAAACAAAUGAAGAUGAAGCAGAUCAAAGUGAAGGCCAUGUAA